AUGUUAGAUCCACGAUUCAAAUUACAUGUGUUUAGAAACCAGGUUUACGCAGCUGAUAUUAAAAAAACAGUAAUUGACCUUGUCACUACCAAUAUAAAUAAAAAUUUGCCAGUUCAGCAAAGAGAAGAUGUGGACGCCCCUGAAGAACCCAUAGCAAAAAGAAAUAAGUUUGAUAUUUGGGACGAAUAUGAUACCAUAGUAAACACAGUGCGCCCUGAAGGUACACCUAGAUCGCAGGCAGUGCUGGAAGUACAGAGAUAUCUAGAGUUACCAGUUACAGGAAGACAGCAAGAUCCAUUAGAAUGGUGA